CAACAUAUUAUUAACCUCAUUAUAGUUCGGUUCCCGUACGAGAGUGUACUAUAUUACAUUACGUAGUAUAUUACAUUGUAAUGGCUAAGUUACAGCGGAUCAUAAUAUUGCCUCUUCUGCUCUGCAUUGCAGCAAAUCAAGCUCAAGCUUUGGAAUGCUACCAAUGUACAGACUGCGCAAAUGGCUAUGAAGAACAUGUAACAACUUGUAAAGCCCCUGAAACAUCGACUGCUGCUGCCCCAACAACUACAACAACCAAGAAGCCCGAGCAGACCCCGCCUAAGCCCGAUCAGAUCCCGCCGGAGCCCGAUCAGACCCCGCUGAAGCCCGACCAGACUCCACUGAAGCCCGAUCAAACCCCACCGAAUCCCGAUCAGACCCCGCCGAAGCCCGAUCAGACCCUGCUGAAGCCGGAUCAGACCCCUCCGAAGCCCGAUCAGACUUUACAGAAGCCUAAUCAGACCCCGCCGAAUCCCGAUCAGACCCUGCUGAAGCCCGAUCAGACCCCACCGAAGCCUAAUCAGACCCCGCCGAAUCCCAACCAGACCCCGCCGAAGCCCGAUCAGACCCCACCGAACCCUAAUCAGACCCCGCCGAAUCCCGAUCAGACCCCGCCGAAUCCCGAUCAGACCCCGCCGAAACCCAAUCAGCAAGUUCGAAGACGAAGGGAAGUCCAACAGUCAGCUAUGGUCCAAAAGUGUGCUAUAUUGGUGUAUAAAGAUGGUGAUGUGGAAAAAAUCAAUCGAGGCUGUUCCUUUGAAACAGAUACUGAAAUAUGUAAUGGUAUAGGCGCUAAAAAUGUUACAAAAGUUGAGUGCGUCCAAUGCGAGGGUGAUAAAUGUAACUCCGCAACCAAAUUGGCCGUAGCAUCACUACCCCUUGUAAUUGGCUUAUCGUUAAUAUUUAAGUAAUAAUGAAUAAGAUUUUAAUGUACAAUUUAAUUUAAGUAGGCAUAAUUUUGUGAUACAAUAUUAAGUGUUAAUACAACGGAAUCAUCAUCAAUGUCAUUCAAUCUAAGUGGCCCAUUGUGCAGUGGGUCGUGUGACCCACUGCUUAGUAUGUAUAUAAAGGGAAUGAUGACUAGAUUUCAAUAUAUUGAUUUUCAUGAUACAUUCGGGUAAAUAACAUUGACCUAUGUUAACUAAUUUAUACAUCAAAAGUAAAGAUUGUCUGGAUACUUUCAAAAUAAACAAGAUCAUAAAAUUUCAAAAUCUAUUAAAAACAUUUUAUCGUAAUUAGAUGAAAAUUCAUACAGUUUUAGCUUCCUUACAUUAAAUGUGACAUUUUUCAAUAAAUGAACUAUAGACAUAAACGCACAAAUAACAAAGGUAUUAGUAAUUUUGUUUGAACGCCCAUACAAAUCUAACGACCAUUAUGUCUUACGACGUCAUUAAUUCGUACCACUUUGUAUGAGGCGUUUUUCAGGAAUCCGUGGCAUUGCCGCAAGUCUAACCCUUUAAAUCCCUGUCUCUCCGAAAGUAAUGAUCGCAGAUACCCUGUUACUUUUACAAAAUGGCUGUACUAUUAGCAUAUUCUUAAUUUAUAUACAAUUUAAAAUACUGUCAUCAUCCUUAAUGGAGCACUAAACGAAAGAGGUUGCGCGACGCGUUCUCGCGAAAGAUGAAAAAAAAAACGAACCUACAAAUUAAAUACCUACGAAAAGUUUAAUAAGUGGAGAAAAGAACGACGACGAAACGAGUUGAUUCACUUACGGUAGAAGUUUUUUAUACUAAUAACUCCUACGUUUACCUCACUUACUGAUUAUUCAUCUUCACAGCAGUCGGAAAUUAAGUUACUGGGUAAAAGCAUCUCUCUUAACAUAAAUUUUUCCAAGUUCGUACAUUUAACUUUUGAUUAAAAUAAAACAUUGAAUUACCAAUAUAGUAAUUUUUUUAUUUUCUCGCAUUUGUAGUGAAAAGUAUAGUGUAACACGCGGGGCUAAACCCAUUAUAAACUUGGUUUAUAUUUAGCGUAAAAAUACCUCGUAUAUAAUGGGUCGUUUUAGCCCCUUGUAUAACAAUCUACUAUUUAUGUAUAAUUCAAUGUAUGAUUGUGUUUCAAUGUAUAUGUCGACACAGUUUUCUGUUGUCUUGUAUUUAAUUAUAUUACUCUGUUUGUGAAAUAAAGUAUUAUAAAUACAA